AUGUCGUGUGGUUCUUCCGGCAAUCGGCCGAUCGAGAUUACCAAAGCAAUGAAGCUGGUUGGAAAGUGGGCUCAAGAUGCUUCUCAAACUCCUCUACCUAGUCAUUUGUGCGACGAUCUUGUCGAAGAAGGGAAAGUGUAUGUCAACAAGUUGUCAAGCUUUCUCAUCAAAGCCGACCUGAUCGGGGCGCUCAGGAAAAUCGAAUCUUCUACCCGUGAUGUGUUCCAGUCGACGGUGGAAGAGAGAGCGGCGAAUGCAUUGAGCUGGACACGUCAACUCAAAGAGGGCGCAUCGGUGGAGGAUGUCGACAAAGGUAUUUUACUUCUGGACGAAGUAAUCCGGCAUCAGGAAGAGGGUUGGAAACCACGAAACAAUGAGGAUCGGUUGGCGGUGAUAUCGAAGUGGAGGUUAAAUCGUUACCAGACUAAAACGGACUCUGGCAGUGCGACGGCAAACAAUCCGAAAAAGAUAAAGAAAGAAAGAGGACAGCGAGGUUAA